AUGUAGUCCUCUAGUAGAAAUGUCAAAUUCAGUCUCCAUAUUUUAGUUCUGUACUUAUAUUUAGUAACAUCGUCAAAUUAACUGUCAAAUCCCUGUUUCCAAAUGUAAAGAAAUUAAGUAUACCCAAAUUCAAAAUUCAUGUUCCAUAUAAAAAAAAAAUGAAUAGGGUACCAGGAUCUACCACAUUACUGCUGCCCAGUAAUGUAUAUCCUAAAAGAAACGCCAGUCCGAAAAGACACAUCCAACAAAUAGUUAUAACACAAAGCACCACCACAUUCGCUCAAUCUGCUGCGCAUCAUCAGAAUAACCAACAUCGUCAGAAUCAUUUUAAUGUGCUUAAUUCCCUCGAAGGGACUCCAGAAAAGGAACAAACGGGAUUCCAUCUAAGAAGUCUAAAAGAUGGAUUCAUCAAUUCAGAUCCAUUUAAAAAAUACCAAAGGAAUUUGAAACGGUUUCAAUUCAAUCAAAAACCUGUACAAGAUCCUCCUCCUCUACACCCUCCAGAUGAGGAAUUGGUACAAGCUAAAUUAGUACCCGAUAUCCGAGAACCAGAUCCUGACAGUCGGCCUAUACAGCCAGCCUCCCACAAUUAUUAUGGAUCAAAUGAUUGCUCCGAUGAAGAUUAUUUUAAUACAGCAGAAAAUAUUCCCGUGCGUGACGUGGAAACAGUUCACCAAAAAAAUACUGCUUAUAUCCAAGAAAAGGACGAACGAAUUGACAACUAUCAGGAUAUCGAAACUGAGGCAUCGGAUAAUGAGUCUAUUUAUCCUGGAAAGGAAAUAUAUGACUCUCUAAAUUAUUCGGAUGGUGUAGACAGUGUCGUUGACGUUAAAAAUCAGUUAGAUAAUUGGUCAGAAAACCGUCCUAUGCAGAAAGCAAUAUCAGACAAUCAUUUUAACCGAAACAUGGUUCAAAUAGUUCAAAAAAAUACACCGUUUUAUCAAAUAGACGUUGUUCCUAAGUAUAGUCGUCCAACUGGAGAAAGUGGCAGUUCUUUUAAUCAUUUAACAACAAGUAGAAGAGAUCCCAUCACCAAGACUGCUGAGCCUAUUACUUCUAAUGAGCCACCGGAACAAGAAGAAUUGUCGAAUCUCGCGCCUUGCCGAUACUGUAAAAGAAAAUUUGCGAAAAAUCGUCUGAAAACGCACGAAGAGAUAUGCGAAAGAACGCUCAACAAGCAGAGAAACAAGUAUGAUGCUUUAAGGCACCGACUUAAAGGUACCGAUAUCGAGGUCUACAAAAAGGGAGAUACGGGUGAGACCAGGAAACAAGGAAGACAAGAUAUUGGAAGAAAAACGUCAUCCAGAUUUGGAAAUGCAGACACUUCUGUUCCGAAAAACAUAUCGUCUGGAACCCGAUCGAAACCCGAACAAAGCCAAUCCACCAAUAGGAAACCUCCUGCAAGAGCUAAUUCGACUUUAAAUAGUUCUAAAUCUUUUCAAGAAGAUAAAACUGAAAGAGGAAGGAAAGGAGAUGUAGGAAGAUCGGUGGUUACAAGUAGAAAAUCCUUUUCGAAAUUUGAAGAGGCACCAACUCCCAAGAACAAACUUGGAUCAAGACAAGCCUACACAGGAAGUCAGAUAGAAAUUACCAAAAAAUCGUCUGCAAAAGCUGCAAAUGCACAAUCACGUGGCGACAGAAUUGGAACCAGGGGAAGAGUAAACAGUGCACGUCAAUCUGAUGUAAACAGAAAACCUUCUGGAACUUUUGAAGAUACUCCUGCUUUGGUAUCUAAAUAUGGACCUCGACCAAAAGCAGGUACAGGUUCUCGUUCGAAUGUAACAAGGCCAUCGAAUUCCUUAUUUGAGGAUCCGCCUGUGGGUGACAAAUUUGAAAAUAGAGAUUUAAAUAAAAAGGGUUCGAAAAGCCCUACACGAUCUUUACCAACAUUAAAUAAAAACAAAAGAUAAAUGGAAGCAUUAUAAUUUAUGAAAAAUGAUGAUGAUCUUAUAUCUACUAAUAAUAAUUGUGAGUUUGCGUAAAUGUUUUUUGUUUGUAACUUGUAAAGAAAGUAUAAAAAGUGGCCUGUAUUUAUUUGUUAAAUAAAAUGUCUUGAUUGUUUA